UAUAUUAUCUAUCAUCAACAUACACAAAUAUCUGUCAAGUGAUCAUGUCGAUGUUAAAUAACUAAGUGAAUCUACGAGUGGCUGUUUUUUGUUAAAAUAACGACGAUUCCACUAUAUGAUGAACUAUGACCAUAUGUCAAACACAGAAGAAACAAUGACUUGAAUAGCCCGGUGCUGAUAUUGAGUAUACCUUUUGGUACAGACUGACAAAAAGAAGGCGAGAUAUAUCAUAUGGUGGACGACCAGAGAUGGACUCAUCUGAAGAAGAAAAUCAGCACGGAGGAAGUAAAAAAUAUAUCUUUGAGAACGAAAAUAAUUGUGGAAUGGAUGCAAAUGAGGAAAAUGACGAUGAUAUAAACAAAACAUCUGAUUGGGUUUCACCCAACCAGAAAAACUCAUGUUGUUCUUGCACUAAAACAAGCAGAUGGAACUGUUUGAUCGUUUUCCUUGCAAUUUCAUUAAGUUCACUUUUAGUAUCAAUAGGAUUUGUGAUAUACCUUAUGUUUCAAUUCCAAGAUUUGAGUUUAGAGUUUGCAGUAUUGAGGAACAAUUCCUUGCACAACAGAUUUCAGAUAAAGCAAUCUGAAGAAGAAGUGGAAAGGUUAUUUGUUGGACAUGAAAAACAUAGUGAACACAUUCACAACAUGGACAUUAUGUUAAAGAAUUAUACAGAGAUGUUUAGUGAAAACAUUGGAAAACUUAAUGUGGAUGUCAAUGACUUAUCAAGACUGUAUGAAAAUCAAGUCAAAAUACAGAGAGAUAUACAAAAACUUAUAGAGACUAAUAAUAGAAAUACCAAGAUGAAGAUAGAGAAACUUGACACAAAAGACAUCGUGGUCCAGAAACAAAUUGAUGAAAUAAUUCGGACACAAAAUACCUUUAAACAGAAGCUGUCAGACUUUUUAAUGGCAGAUCAGUUUUUCUUGGCAAAGAUAGCCAAAGAGAACCACCGACCACCUGAAGUCGAGUGUACCUGUCCCGUGCGGUGUUUAACUCACAACAGUGUUGACUGGCUAUGACGAGAUUGUUAGAAUACGUUAUUUCUAUUCUUAACAUUUCUUCCUUUACAUUAUAAAAUGAUUCCGACUGUUGUUAUGUCGGAAUAUAUUUUUGCUAUGUUCAUUUUUGAUAUGUUCAAGUGUUUACAGUAGAGUUUAGUUGCCAACGAUCUCAUAUUGAACUUUCGUAAUUUUCAGGAACUUGUGAUCUUAACUGUAC